UGGUAGGUUAUCAUCCUGGGACGGAGGGAACGGAGGGAGUAUAUAUAUAUGUCUAUAAUAGUGCGUGCGGUGAAACAGAUCAGUAAGGUAGGAUGGCAUCGUUGAUGGAAGUGCAGGUGCCGCUGUUGGGAAUGGGCACUACGAUGGGCGCCCUGGCUCUGGCUCUCGUCGUCGUUGUGGUUGUGCACGUUGCCGUGAACGCCUUUGGGCGGCGGCGGCUUCCCCCGAGUCCGGCGAGCCUACCGGUGAUCGGGCACCUUCACCUGCUCCGGCCGCCGGUGCACCGCACCUUCCACGAGCUGGCGGCGAGGCUGGGCCCCCUGAUGCACGUCCGGCUGGGGUCGACGCACUGCGUUGUGGCGAGCUCGGCGGAGGUGGCGGCGGAGCUGAUCCGCAGCCACGAGGCGAAGAUAUCGGAGCGGCCGCUGACGGCGGUGGCCCGGCAGUUCGCGUACGAGUCGGCGGGGUUCGCGUUCGCGCCCUACAGCCCGCACUGGCGCUUCAUGAAGCGGCUGUGCAUGUCGGAGCUGCUGGGCCCGCGCACGGUGGAGCAGCUGCGCCCCGUGCGCCGAGCCGGGCUGGUGUCGCUGCUGCGCCACGUGUUGUCGCAGCCGGAGGCGGAGGCGGUGGACCUGACCCGCGAGCUCAUCCGCAUGUCCAACACCUCCAUCAUCCGCAUGGCCGCCAGCACGGUCCCCAGCAGCGUGACGGAGGAGGCGCAGGAGCUGGUGAAGGUGGUGGCGGAGCUGGUGGGCGCCUUCAACGCCGACGACUACAUCGCCCUGUGCCGUGGCUGGGACCUGCAGGGCCUCGGGCGCCGUGCGGCCGACGUGCACAAGAGGUUCGACGCGCUGCUGGAGGAGAUGAUCAGGCACAAGGAGGAGGCUAGGAUGCGGAAGAAGACAGACACAGACGUCGGCAGCAAGGACCUGCUUGACAUCCUGCUGGACAAGGCGGAGGACGGCGCGGCGGAGGUGAAGCUCACCAGAGACAACAUCAAGGCCUUCAUCAUCGACGUUGUUACUGCCGGGUCCGACACUUCGGCCGCCAUGGUGGAGUGGAUGGUGGCGGAGCUGAUGAACCACCCGGAGGCCCUGCGCAAGGUGCGGGAGGAGAUCGAGGCGGUGGUGGGGCGGGACAGGAUCGCCGGCGAGGGGGACCUGCCGAGACUGCCGUAUCUGCAGGCGGCGUACAAGGAGACGCUGCGGUUGAGGCCGGCGGCGCCGAUCGCGCACAGGCAGUCGACGGAGGAGAUCCAGAUCCGAGGGUUCAGGGUGCCGGCGCAGACGGCGGUGUUCAUCAACGUGUGGGCCAUCGGGCGAGACCCGGCGUACUGGGAGGAGCCGCUGGAGUUCAGGCCGGAGCGGUUCCUCGCCGGCGGCGGCGGCGAGGGCGUGGAGCCGCGCGGGCAGCACUUCCAGUUCAUGCCGUUCGGGAGCGGCCGGCGCGGGUGCCCCGGGAUGGGGCUUGCGCUGCAGUCGGUGCCGGCGGUGGUGGCGGCGCUGCUGCAGUGCUUCGAUUGGCAGUGCAUGGACAAUAAGUUGAUAGACAUGGAGGAGGCAGACGGCCUGGUUUGCGCUCGGAAGCAUCGCCUCCUCCUCCACGCCCACCCGCGCCUCCACCCUUUCCCGCCGCUCCUCUAGCUACCCCUACCUACCUACCACUCCUACUCCUUUCCUGUCCCUGUAACGCACCGUAAUACAACCAUUAUAAAUUAAUUACCACUUUACUAUAUUGUAAUAAUUAAUGUGUAUGUAUUCCCUACCUAGACCUAUUGCAUGUCUCUCAAAUCAAAUAUUCCAAGCAAGCUUGAUUGUGAUACAGAUGGGACAGAUUUCAGAGCUA